AACCUCAAGGCCCUCAGAAAAUCAACAAAAAAACCAAUUAUAAAAAAUGGCCUUCAUAGACAAACUAACAGAUACAAAUUACAAUGUUAAAAAAAAUAUUUGUCAAACAUCAGAAAAACUUCAUAAUAAAUAAAACUGAACAAAAAAGUUCUACAAAAAUAUUCCUAACUUACAUAAAGUUACUAUAAAAUUAAAUAUUUAAAAUUAAAUUAACAGGAAAUAAUUGAAUACAAAUAUAAAAACCAAGAUGGGUGGAGGUAAUCAAACGGCGAUUUUCUUGGAGAUGUUCGCCAUUGACGAAACACCCCGUGAGGAGAUAUUCAAAAGUGAUUGGUUCAAGAACAAUGUCAGUCAGCUGUUUAAUAUCUCCGAGAAGAACCUAACGAAUAUUAUGGAUAGUUAUAUUGAAGCCGAACGUGAUUCGAUAGCUUUAUUGUCGGUCAUAUCAGUUUGCUAUGCUCUGAUAUUUAUUGCUGGCAUUUUGGGGAAUCUAAUAACUUGCAUUGUGAUCAAUAGGAAUAAGUUUAUGCACACAGCAACGAAUUUUUAUUUAUUUAAUUUAGCCGUAUCGGAUUUAAUAUUAUUGCUAUCAGGAAUGCCAAAUGAAUUAUACAGCAUGUGGUAUCCAACAUCGUAUCCUUUUACCGAUGUCGUCUGCAUCAUUGGAGGUAUCCUGUCGGAGACUGCUGCCAAUGCGACUGUCCUCACUAUAACGGCAUUCACAGUUGAACGAUACAUCGCCAUAUGUCAUCCCUUUAGACAACACACGAUGUCGAAAUUAUCCCGGGCGAUAAAGUUCAUUCUGGCAAUUUGGGUUGCUGCCUUUCUGCUGGCGUUACCACAAGCGAUGCAAUUUUCCGUUAUGAAGCAAAAUGACACCAAAGUUUGUUCGGUCAAAAAUGAUUUAACACAGGACGUUUUUGUUGUGUCGGGAUUUAUAUUCUUCGGAGGACCAAUGACUGCUAUUUGUGUGCUGUACGUACUAAUUGGAGUUAAACUAAAACGUAGCCGAAUGCUGCAGGCUGUCCCGAGAAGAUGUUUUGAUCUGAAUCGUGGUAUAAGUGCACAAACCCGAGUUAUACGAAUGUUGAUUGCUGUGGCAGUUGCAUUUUUCCUGUGUUGGGCGCCACAUCACGCCCAACGACUAAUGGCAGUUUACGGUUCGAGCAUCGGCGACACUUCUCCACUGUACAAUGAAAUUUACUCCAUCCUAACGUACAUCUCUGGCGUCAUUUACUUCCUGUCGACGUGCAUCAAUCCACUGCUCUACAACAUCAUGAGCCACAAGUUCAGGGAUGCUUUUAAGGUUACCCUGGCCCGUCACUUCGGCCUGACUGGACGAUACCAGACCACAAAUCACAAUUACAGUGCUCUGCUGCGUCAGAACGGUUCGAUGCGUCUGCACACAACGGUGAAUAACAAUGCAAUCGAUCAUUAUAAUUCCUAUAGAGUAGUCCAAUUGCAAUGUCGUGAUCCACAUCAUAUUUCUCUGCAGGACAGUGUGAGGACGAACGGAAAUAGUUGCCGAGCCCAUCGCAUGCGAUGUGUGUCGGUCAGUAGCCAAUCCACCCUGAUGACCUCGCUUAGCAAGAACGACGUAUUUGCGACAAACAGCUAUGUGCUGCAGUCGGCAACCGCAGUUGCCGCAGCAGCUGUGAAUAGUACGCCAAAGAUGGCUGGGGUGUCCGCCCAUCAUCGUGGCGAAUUCCACACCCAAAUCUCGCAAGUCUCCUCGCUGGAUGAUGCCAACUCCCUGCUGGAGUCGGAGAUUGCCCACAACCACCACCAAUCCUCCUACAGACUAAAGGAGCUGCGGAGACCGCAGGGCUAUCUGCCGGCACAGCUCGUCUCCAGUGACGAGCUGUCGCUGGACUCGGGUGAGUGGCCGGACAAUAACUUGGACCUGAGCACUAGGUGCUCGGACAAUGAGACUGACGUGUUCGCCAAGCCGAGCCAAAUGGAGCGAACGGGAACACCACUGAGAGUGCAAGAACUGAGAUGCCACCCUGGCGGGGGAAUACACUACAACGGCUCAGCGGGCACCACUCGCCGGCCGAAACUCUCGAGUAUUAUCCGUCGGGAUCCGCAUUCGUCCAACAAUCGGGUGGAGCUGAGGAAUUCGUCCCGCAAACCAGCAACAAAGACGUUAGAGAGCCUUUCGGACAAAAUCCGCUGGCGAACGAGGCGGAAAAUGAAUUUCCUUCGUGGAACUGGCAACAGCAAUAAGAAUCCGUCCAUGAAGGAGUCUAAUUCCGCAAUGGCCUUGCCGUUGCCGGUGCCGGUCCCGCUGCCAGUUUCACCAGCUAAGCCAACUGCAAAUAAUGCGGUUAAGGUCCAUGUCCAUGGACUGCAUGAGAUUACAACGAAUGGAAAUGGAGAUUACAAUAACUCUGUUUCAUAAGUUACAAAAAUUCCAACUAAAAAGAGUACUCGUAUACCUACCCUUAUCCUAACCCUAACCCUUACCUUACCAACCCUAUUCCCCUGUUAAUGUUACUAAAAAAUGUUUCUCUUUUGUUUUUGUUUACUUUCCACUCAAUGGGGAAACACUAUACGCUUUUUCCUCUAAAACAAACUUAAAGCCCACACUACCCUCUGGGUCAACUUAUAUAACUUUAAAAACUUACUAUACUUGAAAUUGAAAUAAAGGUUAAACAAAUAAACAAACUUUGCAUUGCUGUGACAUCUUUCUCAUUACAUUUAACAAUUAUUUUAUUUGUUCAUAAUAAAUAAAAAAUGUAUACAAUUUAAAUUAUAUAAUUCAAGUGAUCUCUUGUUUUUGUUUAUGUUUUUAUUUCCACUCAUUCAUUUGGGAUUGUAAAUUUAAAUUAAAU